AAAAGAAGGGUGUUGUGACAUAAGUUAUUGAUAAGUAUGAAAAAUAUAAACCCUGUCUCCUGGAAGUCAUGUUUAUGUUUCUCAUACAUUCAUCUCCAAAAACUUGAAUUGAAUACCUAACAGAAAAUAAAGUUGUUUUCCUAAAGAUUCCUGCACUGUCGACACACUAUCUGCUAAUCGAGUUUGGUCAUUAGUAGCAGGCAGCAUAAACGUAACUUCUAGAAGACUGGGUGACUCUCACAGACUUUUAAAUGUUGUACCUGGACAUUCAUGUUAAUUUAUCGAAACCUUUGCCCUCAGAAUCAGGAAACCUGUUGUGAAGGUUCCAAAGUAAGGGAAUAUUCUUACAAUAUCAAUUUUGCUAUUUGUCAAAAAACGCAAGCUUUUUUUAUAAUUUGGUUCUUGGUUCAGGAAAAGGCGAAGAGGAAGGAAGAGGAAGGAGAGACAAAAAAAGAAGGAAUGUGACAGGUGCCAGGUUCCUCGCAGGUAACUGCAGUGGCGACCCAACCCCCUGUUGCAGUGUGGCUCACUAUUUGUUUCCAGCCCAGUGGGAGCAUCAAAAGUCUCCUUCACUCAUCUAUCAAUACUGUGUCUGCAGCAAGAGACUCAAACAGCUGGGUUGAUUUGCUGACAUGCCCUUAUGCUGAUGGGCAGGGUGUUUUUGUAACGACAAGGUUUAACAGGAAGUGCGUUUUGACUGGUGGAAACACUGCUGUUACAAGCCUGAAACAAUGGACAUCCCUGGGAGCCAGUGCAAUGUAGAGCCAAACAGACUGAUGUCUUCUUUUUAUGCUAGGUAUUACUGUAUCAGUUAUUAUUUGUCAAAUCCUUUGGUAUUUAAAAGAAGGUUACACAUGUAAAAAAGAAGAAAAGUCUAUAUUUAUUAAUAUAGUUGGACCAGAGAACACCUUGUGGACUUGAUGUGCAACUUCUUUGUACAUGCGAUAAGGAAAUGUCUCCCUCUAGUGUUUAUGGAAAGUGUUUUUAAACCUCUAUAUUAAAGUAUUUUGCAAUCAGAUCAUCAUCAUAUCUGAGAUCUGUUCCAAAAGCCAUUGUUGCGUAAUUGCUUGGUGUGUAUAAAUCAAACUCUUUAACAGCAUCAUGUGACCUGAAUGGGAAAACAACAUUUAGCAGAAAUGUUCAUAAAGCGAAGAUUUUCCCAAAACUUCAAACUUUCCAUAUUUAUGGAAUCCAGCAUACAGAUGUUCUCCUAACAAGAGGCUAAUCUUGAUUAUCUGGCCCAUUCAUCUGAAAUGAACAUAUGGAUGCACAGUGGGUGUGGCGAGAUCAACGGCAACCGGCACAUUCGUGUUAAAAUAAUGAAUACACUUAUGUUUGAGUAGCACACAUGUUUUUGCAAGAGUAGAAAUUCCUCGUUUCAAUUUUUUCAUUUAUAAUUUUGAUCAAAACAUCCUCGGAUAUUUCAGCUCGCCCAUCAUGCAUUUCCAACUCAGGACCAAAUACCCAUGCGUUGCUUGUUUAGUCGCUCACAGUAAACAGGUUGCAGUUCUAUGACAAUACAUGAGCCUUCAGGAGGGUAUUUGAGGUAUGCAGAUUGAAUUAAAUACUGUACAGAGAGGCAGUGCACAUCAGAGGGUUGGACCCAGUUUUUGGCAAACCACUCAUUUUUUCUCGAGUGUCAGUCACAAGGACAUAACAUACGGUGCACGUUCAAUGAUACACUACUUCACUCUGCCUGUGCCUGUACUUGAAACAUAUCAAGGACCAUACAACUAAUACCCACAAGGCUUCCUUUGAAUGCCGUGGAAUAUUUGGUGUGGUAUGUUUCUUACUGUGGUGUGAGCAAAUAAGUGAAAUGUGAAUUCAGAUUUAAGUAUUCCAGUGGGAUAUAUCCAGUAUAUAUUGUCUUAUCUACUUGUCAAAGUAAUGGUUGUGGAGGAGGCUCGAGCCUGCCUGUCCCUGACCUUGGGCAGGAAAGAGGGUACACUCCAGACAGCUCACCGGCGUGUCUACGGAAUAAAAAUUCUUAAAGUUGAAAUUUAAAAACAGUGCUAUGACAGGUUAAAAGUAAUUGCACUGCAUGGAGUGCUGCAGCAACAGGGGAAAGCUUGAAUACAAAUUAUUUUUGCUUUUUAUAGCCGUUAAAACAUCAUGUAAGCCCUCAAAAUCUUUUUUUAUUAGAUUCCAAGCUUGAGCUCCCACAUGUAAAAGCAUUAGUUACGGUCUCAAAUGUUCAUCCCAUAUGCUGUGUGCAGCUGAACAGCACAACCUUGUGUCCAACUAGUGACUCAACAAUCCCAUAAUCCCACACCACAGGUGUCAUCCUCUGUUUCUAGAAACACUGCAACAUGGAAGGGAUGAAGUUUCGUAGAUAUGUUAAAUGGCGUUUGUUUGUUUCAUGUAUCAUAUAAAGAAAAUCUAUGAAAAUGUAAAAAUAGCAUUUUGACUGACGUAGUGUUUUAUUUCAUUUAAAUAUUUAUUUUGUAAUAAAACUGUUAUGAUUGUCAGCUUGUCUUGUGUAAUUGUUUAGUAAUUCCAGUUGUAUUCAAUAAUUAUAUACCAGUAGGCAAUCCUAAUAGAUGUACCAACUGCUGGCAGUCUUAAUCUGUUUCACAUUAUCACAAAUAAUAGCAAACUAUAUGAUAGGCCGUUUACAUUUGUAGGCUAAAAUAUCAAACACGGUAGAUUUUUUUUAAAAAAAGACGUUUUUCAGCCUAAACAACUAGUCUGAUGGGGUUACGCACACCAUAGCGUAACCCCAUCAGAGCAUAAGUCUGAAAACAAGCUCCUCUUUCGCCAACCCCAAGAAUAAAACAUGUACUUCACCCGUUUCCGUAGCAACCUUUAUGUAUCAGGUUAUUAAAGCCCUUAAUAGUGUCUCACAGGGAGUUGUUGUUCCCGUCACAGCUCUUAAAAGUAGACUUCUUAAAACCACCUAAAUUACAACCACUAAAAACUGGACUUAUAACCCCAUCAUCUGAAAACCCUUACUUACUUUUAGAAACUUAUCCAGGAGGUUGCCGUAACAGACAAUAAAGUUGCAAAUGUGUUUUGCGCUUUUUUGUUAAAAAAAGAUUAAAAAAUAUGAUUAUUAUUUAAUACUUUCAGAAAUGUAUUCCAUAACAAACUAAUUCACAGCAUGAAUACUUAAAUGCAAAUGUUUUUCUGUCACCGAUUUGUUUAAAACCAUAUCUGCGUGAAUGCGCGCACGUAAUUGUGUUUACCUUUAAGACCGCGUGGAGGGCGUUUAUUUUGUAGAGCACUUUUGUAGAGCUGGCGUUAGCAACACGGGAGUUGGGUGGCUUUAACUAGCCACAUAUUUUCAAGCUACUAAAGUCGGAUUUUCGCUUUGAAGCAAACGACGUCUUGGUAAGACCAUCAUGAACCGGUUUAAUCAACCAGGCAGUCACAGGACUCUGCCGUUCACCCGGACAUCGCACCUUGGAACAUGCAAACAAGACCUGGAAAGAGAUUCAGGCUUCUCAGAUGCUAGCUCGGAGUACCUCAGCACAGUCGAAGUGACUGACUCUGAAGACGCAGCAAGAAAUGGGUCAAUAGUCAGCCAGGAGCCAACUGGUCCACAGGUGGCUGUGAUGGGAGGUUCAUACACUGGACUGUCUCCAAUGAUCAUCAUGAACAACUUCGUGUUAAAGCAGCAAUCAUCCACAGCUCCAGCAGAAAAACAGUGGAACUUUCCUUCACCAUUGGAAAUAAUGCCUCAGUCACAAGUGGUUCUUCUUCAACCCAUGCUAUCAAAUGACAACAACAGCUCUCCAAAGACUGGCUCUGAAAACACGCGACAGUCAAAAAGCUACAUGCCCAUCCUCAAAUCAUAUCCCAAAAUUGCCCCGCAUCCCAUGGACACACCCACUAAGAGGGUAGGAUCCUCAAGGGUGAGGGGGAGUACAGCAGCAGGAUAUAACCAGCGACAGAGGAGGCAUCAUCAUGGCCACAGGGUGUACAGCACCCCCAGCCCCCUGUCAGCACUGCAGAUGACAGCCCAAACCACAUCCAACUUUGAAGCACCAACAAACCAAGCACAGAGUCAAGAGCAGCUUAUCAAGUCUUUUUCCUCACAGGUAGGAACCAGCUCCCUGCCCUCCUACACAGAUGAAUUUAGGACUCUAGCAGAAGACAACAGGAUGCUUGAUGACGAAUUCGAGGAUGAGGACUCGAUGCGCACUAAUAAGGAGAAACGCUUCAGCAAUACCUACAACAUACUCAACAAGUCCGGCUUGCUGGGGAUCACCAUGCGCACAAAGCAGCUGAUCAAAGAGAAUAAGCGCACCCAAGACCAGCUGCAGCAGCUUCAGGAGCAGACGACUCUGCUGCUGGAGGCUCUGAGCAGUGGAAACCCACAACUCUGGACUAAACUCCAGCUUUCUCUCCAGGACACAGAAAAGGAACAGUGGGGGGCGAAACCGCAGAGCAUCCUAGCUUAAAAUAUGUACGGACAUAAUCAGUGGUCCUGAAUCUGGAGACGAGGAUUAAUCAGGAGGCCACAGGGGGAUUUAAUAAAUGUGGACAAAUUGUGUUAAAUAUACUCUUGAACUAAACUUUAAGCUUUCAGACCUUUAUCAGUAGGCUGUAGGUAUUAAUCACUUUCUGCAGCAAAGUUAAGAAAUUAGACAGUUUUGGAGCAGCUGGUUGGAUAUAAAACUAAAGGUCUGUCUCAUAUUGCAUGUUGUUGUUCUGACGACAUCAGAAUUGAUAUUACUCCAGGACCGUCACUUCAAACGACCGGUCACAUUGUUGGGAUGCAGUAGCUUUGCAACUUCGUGAUAAAGGAUGGUGGAAAAACCAGCAGAAGUGAUAUGGGAAGUCAAAAGCUAUUUUCAGCUGCUCCAUUGUCACAAGGGUCCCCACAGUGGGUAGUUCCACAUGUUUGAUUUGGCAGAGUUAUUAUUCCAGAUGCAACCCUAAAGGGGAUUUCUGUCUCCAACCUAAAUAUCAUUACGGAGUUGAAGAAUGGGAAUUCAGAAAAUGUGACAUAAAGAGCAAGAAAGUCUGUAUAGAUGACAUAUCAGGGUAGAUGAAUAGGUUAUAUUCAGUCAUAUAGUGCUGAUCUGCCCAGCCAAACAUCUUCACAGGAUAGCAGUAAUUAUAUUUGCUGCUUGUGGUGACAUUUCCUAUACUUCUUACCCUUAGCAGUGUCAACAGUGACUGGGCUAGUAGAGCAGAAGAUAUCAUUGGCAUGCUUAACAAGUGUUUGUGUUUUUGCUCUCAGUCCCAGAAGAGGAAGGCAAAAAUUUGCACUGCUGGUUUAAGCUUAAGCAAUGAAACUACAUAGCUACAUUUAUGGGGUUGCAGUUGCAGUUUUAACUGCAUGUUAGAAAAAGGCAGAGUCAUUUGCUCUUUUUCUCUUAGUUGCACAGUCGUGACGCAACAAUGUGAUCGGUCCACAGACACUAAAACGCUGACAUCAGAUCGUGCUGAGGUCGAAGCAGCCGUUCUUAUGAGAUGGGAGUUAGGAAGCAUGCUUGUAUUUCGAACCGUUGCCUAUAAUGAAUUUUCUUGCCUCUUCUGUUUCAAAAUAGCAAGUAUCACUUGCAAUAGGGCUAUGGCUUCUGUGUCAAACUCCUAAGUGUAGGGAUGCACUGAUUGUGAAGUACUGACACCAGUGUUUAGCCGAUAGCCCAGGCUGAUACGUUUUUAUUUUUCUCUUUGUUUUGUUGAAAAGUUGCAAAUGUUUAAAAUUCUUUCAUACUUUGUCACGCUACCUUUUCUCAUUAAAACCAGCUCAAAAUUGAUGCCACACUGUAGAUAAACACUGGCCUCUCACUUUGAUAAGUGUUGUCUUACGUGCUGAGAAGCCAGUGGUCAUCCACAUGAUUGAUUUCAGUUCGUAAUGAUGUUCGGUCAAUAUAUCGGUGCAUCCCUACUUGAUUGCAUUAAUGCAUGCCUUACAGCACAUACAAAGACACAUGGGGUUUACUCCUUAUACGUGGCAUGAAUGUUGCUAGUGUGGAGAAAGUAUGAGGGUUAUUUACUUCUUAGAUCAAAUCCAUCUUUCAUCUUUAGUCAGCAGGUUCCUGUGAUCUUUGUUUUUCUUUAUCCUUUAUUUCUAAACUGGUAAAUCAAACUGAUAGAGCUGAUGCAUCUUUUGUAGGAAGUGUCUUUUCAAACGGUGUCUGAUUCACAGAGAGUUCAGAUGGCUUGCUAAAUCGUAACAGUUUGUUUUUCGUUUAAUGGAAGUUUAUUUGGUGUCAGUAUUAUUUAUUUGUAAUGAUGUUUCUGACCAAGACUAAAGUUGUGUGAAUACUGUAAACGGAGAUUAUUGCACGGAUUUGGCCAGUUCUGGUAAAGUAGGCUUCUUUUUUUAUUAUUAUUAUUAUUAAAUAGAAACUUCAUACCUACAGCUUGUAGCAGGUGAUGUGCUGUAGCUAUAUAACUGUGUUGCCUUUGGAUUUGUUGCUCUCAUGUUCAUUCCUGCUUUAAUUUUUGCUUAUUAUUUAGUAUUAAUUUAAACUUUAAAACAAUGAAGUGGGCUUGUUUUGUUUCAUUUCUCAGAUUUCUGAGUUGCCUCUGAACAUAAGCAUAAGAUAAUGUGAAUAUAAAUGUUUAUCAGAAGCCCUGCACCUCUUUUUUUUUUUUUUACCGGUAAGUUAAUGUUGUAUGUUAUGUCGAUGCUUAAGCAGCUAAGAUUUCUUUAUUUCUUUUUGAGCUUAAUUUGGGAGAAAGUUUAAUAUACUUAAGGGUUUCCAAAGAUUUAUUCUUCUUUGAAGUUGUAUAACCACCCACAGUGUGGUUAGAUAAUGCAUUCAAAGUUACAGUAUAGAAAUCAUAAGCACAAGUUAAAUAUUAAGUCUAGGUUCACUUUGAUUUGUUUUCAGGACCACGAUUUGCAUACCCCAACAUUAGUAAUUAACCUGAAUAUUAAAAAUGAAUCAAAAGCAGCCUUGGUUUUAAAAGGGCAAAAGGAGGGUGGCAAAUUACUACAGUUUGGAUACCUUUUUUUUUUCUGAUAUUGUCAAGUGUGCUUUGUGUAAAACUGUUGGAAGACCAGUGUGUCAUUAUUAAAGACAAUAAUUAAUCA